AUGUAUUGGUCAACAGUGACUGCAAUCAAUGACAAUAUUGCAGUCAAUCCAAUCCAUGUGUUGAUUGGAACAAUGAUUAUCCACUUGUCAGAUUCAGCAUCUUACAAGACUGCCACCACUCCCCUCCUUGAUGCUAUUCCUGUUGACGAACUCACUCUUCAUUUUGAGGUGUAUGGUCCAGCCAUUGCUCGAUAUGGGUUUCUAACCUCUAUUCAACAUCCUUUUGGUUGUUACGACAGUCCACUGACUAUUAAAUCCAAGAAUGAUGUGAAUGUUGACCGUCCCUAUCAAAGACACUUUGUACGAAGUAAAAGUGACCAAGAAUUCAUCGAAACCAAUAAUUUGAAAUUGCGAAAACCAAAUGACGCUUUCAAGUAUUUGAUACAUCAUCUGGAAAAGAUUGUCAAUGUCUCGAGGUUUCCAAAUAACGCCGUAUUUAACGACAAUUGCUUGGAACACCGUCUUGAUAGGAGAGUAACCAAUUAUCAAAUUGACAAUGUCGAUAAUAUCAAACUGUUUUUUGCUGUUUCUGGUGCAGGAAAAACAAGGAUGUUUCUAGAGUUGCUUUAUUCAAACUUUGGGUACUACUUUGCUUGCAAGAGCUCUCAAGAUGACUUUGGCUCUAAAGACAUGUAUCAAUGCCGGAUGUAUUGCGAGAGUAACUAUCAGCCUGAACUCACUGAACAUGCUAUCCAACUGUUGUAUUUCGUUCGGGUUUCUGUUUGCAACUACUUGAUAAGCAAGGGAUUCAAGGAACCUUGGCAAAUUCUUCUGGCUCAGCUCCAUCCUAUCGCAUUCUUUGGAGUUGACUUGUUUGAGCGUCUUUUUACGACCCUUGUAAAAGAGCCUGGACUUGCCCCAACUGCUAUUACAAACCCGUUUCCUUUUAUUGCCAUUGAUGGAGUCCGAAAUCUUGCACGAGGUCGUCGUUUUCAUUUUCAACCAGAAAUAUUUCCUCAUUGCCUACUGUCUGGCACCAGUAUUGACUUUGAACUCAUCAAAGAGCUAGUGGAGUUCAGUGCUAUGAAGGAUGAUCAAAUCACAGAUUGUGUAGUUGUAUCAGAUUUCCAUUCUCUGACAAAACUCGAGGUCGAACAGUAUGCUAGACAAUUUUUACAAGACCAUCAAGUCGAUCAACUGGAUGCUAUUGUAUCAAGAAUUUCAGACUUUGAAUUAUGUCAUGGAAGACCAUGUUCUAUAUCGUAUAUUCUGGGCACAUAUAUGAAAUCAAAUGAUAUUGACACUGCAAUUAGCAAAUUUAUCACUGGGAUAUCUAAUGUUGAUGGCCAGAUUUUCCCGCUUAGAUUCUUGAAAAAUGACCUUGAUGAAGGCAUUCGUUCAUUUGACAAAGUCAUUGCUGGUGAUAACCUGUCAGGACCCAUUUGCGACGCAUUUAUUGAUGCCAUCUGGAAGGGAAAAAUGUACCUUAAAGUGACAGACAAUGACGGUGCUACUGCAAUACUUUAUGGUUUGGGAUUUGGUCAGACUGUCGAUGGAACUAUAUCUUCCAUUGAAAUUCAAGAGUUGGCUGUAAUCGAGUGUCUUUGCUACUUUUUCCCCUUUGCACACACUGUCAAAAGUUUAUACCAAAAAAUUGGCUCGUAUCCUAACCCUAACCCUCAAACGGUUGGCUAUUUGGCGGAAUACUUGGUUGCGUUUGCUUUAGUAGCCAACUAUUCUGGUCCUGAUGCUGCCAAUAGUAUCAAGGCAUCCCGAGAUUCUGCAUCCGGCUAUUUACUAUUUGGUGAUUCAGAUCAAGUAUGCUUUCCCGAUCAUAUGUGUGGACCAGAUAUCAUCUACAAGUGUGCCAAUACAAAGACUGUAUACAUUGUCCAAGUCAAAUUUGUCGAGAGAAUGUCAAAACAACAAGCUGCAAACGCUUACAAUACUACAGAUCCUGAACGCUUUUAUUGCAAACGUAAUGGCGGUGGAGUGUCGGAAGGGUUUGAAAAAGAACGAACUUACCUUCUUAGCACUUUGUCGGAACUACACAAAUCAGGUUACUCAUUGCAACAGACUCUGGUUAUUCAUACUGCUGAAAAGAACCCCGUUGAUGUUCAAGGUAUGGAAAUCAUCAAUAGUCAAAACUCUCCUCAGUUUUUUGAUGAGAUUGGCAACGGUGUUUGGAGUUUUUUGGAUUCAGUUGGAAAUAACCUUCAAUAA